AUGAGUGAUCAAGCGCCUCCUCAAGCGGGAGCUCCCUUGUUAGGGGAAAACGGCUGGGCACCAGCGCCGGAAAUGGAGCGGCCAAGUAAUUGUCCACCAGGAUUGGAGUACUUGCUCUACGUCGAUCAGCUUUUAGUGAAACAGCAAGUCGAGCUUCUCGAAGCAUUCACGGGUUUUGAAACUUCAAACAAAUACAAGGUUCUGAACAGCAUGGGACAACAAGUAUAUUUUGCUGGAGAAAAGAGCGGCUGCUGUGGACGACAAUGCUGUGGCUCUAUUCGAGAUUUUGAAAUGGUGAUUGCUGACAACGCUGGUAAAGAAGUUGCGAGGUUUAUAAGACCCUUCAACUGUACCAUCAGAUGUUGCUUGAGCUACAUUCCCUGUCAGCUUCAAGAAAUGGAAAUUAAUGCGGGAGGCCAAACUGUUGGAAAGAUAAAGCAACGCGCUGAUUGCACUGAUCCUGUUUUUGCGAUUUGCGAUGCAUCUGGAGAAGAAGUUCUGAAAGUCAAGGGCCCUGCUUGUGUCAUUUCCUGCUGUGGGGACAUUGAUUUUGAGGUACUGACAAAAGACGGUCAGAAAAUUGGAAAAGUUUCGAAACAGUGGAGUGGCCUAGUCAAGGAAGGAUUAACUGAUGCGGACAACUUUGGCGUUAGUUUUCCGAUGGACUUGGAUGUCAGAGUGAAGCUCUCACUGAUGGCAGUGGUCUUCUUAAUCGAUUUCAUGUUCUUUGAAAACAACGAGCCGAACGAAGAUGGCUGCUGCUCGAUUGAAGACUGCCUGUUUGACUGA